AUGACAGCCCAGAUUCUGGCUGCGGAACUUGGGAAUCUGAUCUCGGAUUCGAAGCGCAAGAACACAGAGCUUCGAACAGCUGCAGAGAAGUCGCUCCAGGAUCUCAAGUCACUGUCCAACACGUCUGAGGCUCAACUUUCCGCAGGCAAGCACUCACGAUCGCAAUUCUGCUCCCCAUUUCUCAUUGCUUGUGGGACUCAAAAUGCAAAGUUCACAUCCACAGCUGUUUCCUGCUUACAGCGGUUGAGUGUCUCUCGAGCGUUGCCUAGAGAACGACUGUCCGAGAUCUUGGAAGCUUUCAGGCAGUCUGCAACAUCAAGUCUAGAUAUUCAGUUGAAGGUCUUACAGGCGCUGCCAUCGUUGCUUCAGAACUAUCCCUCUGAAGUACGUGGAGAGCUUCUGUCCACAGUGCUGCAGAUAUGCUCAGGCUUGCAAAUCACCAAGAACCCUGCUGUGAGCAACACUGCUGCAGCUACCCUACAACAGCUCAUCAUAGCGAUAUUUGACAGGGUCACAGUCGAAGAUGGCAAAGCUCUCGAAAUCCCCACUGUUGCUGAAGUCAAGGGGGAUGAUGGCCUUGUUCCUGUCAGGCCAGCGGCGAAUGAUGCCUACAAGGUGUUUAAUGACCUCAACCUCUUGGUAACAGGCGAGAAGCCAGCAUUCAUCCGCUUCUCUCCAAUUCCGCCUGCUUCAAUACUCGAACUGAUCGAAGCCGUGCUAUCUAACUAUGAUCUGAUCAUGGUUCAGCAUCCAGAACAGGUUCAUAUCCUGCGAAACCUUCUGAUGCCGCUGAUCAUACGGUCACUCUCCGAUCGUCUGUCCUUUCCGGUUGUUGUACGCAUCAUUCGGAUCUUGAAUCUCAUCAUUCGUAAUCACUUGACAAUUCUUCCAUCUGAAUGCGAGAUCGCGCUUGGUCUACUCAACCAUAUGCUUGAUCCACAAGCAUCACAACUGUGGAAGCGCGCACUCUGUCUCGAGGUCUUCCGCGGUAUCUACGCCGACCCACGGCUUCUACUAGCCAUCUACCACCAAUUCGAUGCUCAAGAUGGCAAGAAGAAAAUAUUUGGCGACAACCUAGCGUCUUUUGUGAGAUUGGCAACGGAGAAACCGACACUGAUCGGUCUCGGCCAACACUCCACCGCUCCUGCGAGCUAUGCUGAUGAUGGCAUCGCGGGCUCUGACCAGGCAGCGGCGGCAGCAGGUGCAAUGGCGGGCGAUAUUGGCGGACCUAUCAGCGAUCGCAGCAGCAACAGCCGCCCAUGUGGCAUCAGUACGCAGUGGAGUUCUAUGAAGACCCCAUGUAUUGAUCAUUUGGACAAGUCGGACCCGCCAUCAUUGCCUGAGACGUACAUCUAUAGUCUGGUGUUGACUUGCAUCACAAAUAUCAGUGAGAGUCUAGCAAAGUUCGUGCUGCCUUUGACAGUCUACCAUGACAGCAAGAGCCGGAGAAAACCAAAAUCAGAUGAUCCUGCUGCUCAGGAGGGAGAAAAUGCAUCUGCAGAUGAGGGCAGACGCCGGCUUUCGAGAACACAGUCCUUCCGCAAGAAGACCAUACCGGUCAAUCCGCUUGACCUUACCGACCAUCCCGCGUACGCAUACAUAGAAACCUCGUUGGCGCUUGUCACCGAGUGCUGGCCUGCGAUCUUAGCAACCUGCUCAACUUUUCUCAACGCCGCGCUGGACGUGGACUAUUAUCGUGCUUUGGUCCGAGCGAUCCAAAAGUUCACGCAAGUCGCAGGGCUCCUGCGAAUGGCAACACCUCGCGACGCAUUUCUGACUACGAUGGGCAAAGCCGCCGUGCCCUCAAAUUUGCUUCUCACAAACGUCGCCUCUCCUAAGAUAGCGACAGGGGAGCAGCCUGGCAUGUUCAACAAUGCCAAAGGUCUGCUUAGUGUCGAUAGUCUCGUGAGCCAGUCGUCUGGAGCUUCUGCAGACCACGGCCGACGCCCGUCUCACGAUAUCCACAUGCCCUCAUUGGGCCCUCGUAAUCUAUUAUGCUUACGAGCUCUGCUCAACCUUGCGAUUGCGUUAGGGCCAACCCUUCAGUCUGCGUGGUCGAUUGUGUUUGAGACCCUGCAAGUCGCCGAUCUCGUACUCUCCCUGCCAAAUCAAAGUGGCAGUCGGGGCUCUGCGCAACAUCCUGGGGCGGAAGGGUCAAUCGAAAAAAUGGAAUCAGAGACAGCAGCAGUACAAGCUGCGGCCCGGAGACUAUUCGAAAGUACCGCAGAUUUUCCCAACGAGUCCUUUACAGAGGUUCUGCAGGCGCUCUGUGCUUUACUUAAUGACACCUCUCCAACCGAGAGUGGUCAAAUCACACCCACGGUAGCGGUUCGACCACAGGUUCUUCACACGCGAAGACUGGGGAGUGUGUCCAGGCUCACUCUAAAUACCGAAACCAACUCCCGUGAUACCGCAUUUGCGCUGAACAAGAUCGGCGAACUCGCCACUCUGAAUGAAGCCAGACUAGCACAGUAUAAUCCCACGGAGAGCGGCUGGGACACAUUCGUCCAUGAACUGGUUCGGUUCUCUGCAGACGAACUGAAAGCAUCGGCAUCGAGACUGCUCGCAGCUGAUAUCUUGUCGAGGACUAUUCGAGAGAUUGCGGAGAUCUCAAUGUAUGACGAGCAAUGUGAACAGAUACAAGCCCGUAUCCUAGCGACACUGCAGCGCCAAAUCUCGGUCCUACACCUGAACGACAUCAAAACGAAAGGGGAGUACAGCGACAUCGAUGUCCGAGUGCAUCAGAUAGCUCUCGAUGCGUUGAAGAAUGUGAUUGAACAAUGUGGCGAGUCUUUGGUUGCGGGUUGGGCUUCUGUACUGGACAGCCUGUUGAGCGUCUUCUUGCCCAGCGGGAAGCCUCGAGAAAGUGACGGCAAAAAAUCGCGUGGGGAAGACGCUGGAGAGCGUAAAAUAAGGACCGUUCGUGUGAUCUCAAGAUCGCUGGCUCGGUCUGCAUUCGCGACAGUUCAGCUUAUCUGUUCCGACUUCCUUGCGUCCGUUCCCGACGCCUGUCUCUCAGCGUUACUGGAGCUUCUGCUCAACUUUUGCGGGCAACAAGACGACCUUAACAUGUCUCUCACUGCUAUCACGUUCCUCUGGAAUAUGUCAGACUACCUCCAAUCACGUAGCGACAUCACCACACUCCCAAGCGUUAUUGGAGUAGCCCAAGGGUCGAAAGACGUACGCGCUGUAGUAAGAUCGAGCUCGGAAGGUGGCGACACAUCGGCCUUGUGGCUUCAGGUGUUACUCAAUCUGUCCACCACCACCACAGAUCAGCGGGCUGAAGUUCGAAAUUCGGCUGUCCAGACAAUCCAGCGUAUCUUCGAGAAUUACACCGACCAGCUCUCGUCCGAAGCCUGGACGAUGUGCCUUCGUGCGAUCUUAUUCGAAGCAAUUGAGGCCAACUUCGAAUCACAAAAUACAAUCCGACAUGGCUCGCGCAACACCACUGAUGAGAUUGCGAGUUGGAACGAGACUACCAAAACAGUUCUGCAGAGCGUCAGCACCCUCACCACGAUGCGUCUACAAAAGGUUCACGAUGUCUCCGCGUUUGGACGGACUUGGGCAGAUCUCUUAGACCGCCUGCAACAAUACUUCGCAUUCGGCUCACAUGCUCUAGGCUCGUAUGUGUUUGCGACAAUCACUCAUGUACUGUCACAUCUGCCCAGCGCGCAAGCGUUAGGCGAGUUGUCUCUCCAGAAGACUGCCGUUGUCUGGACGAGCUAUCUAGGCCCCCACAACACGCUGGGAACAGAUCCCGGAAAUAACCAAGAAGGAUUCGUAGCAUACGCCGAUGCAUUCAAGGCAAUCUACAACUUGGCCGGUCGGAGCAUUGACUCCGACCUCCCAUCCAUGUUGGCACAUCUAGAAACCUGCAUCGUCGAAUCCCAUGCCAUUGCAUACUCGACAGACAUUGAGAACAUGACUCCUCUACAGAUGAGUGUCUUGGAGUGCUUGUCGAAGAUCGACACCACGGAACCCAAUCUCCCCUCAUACAUGAUUGGAUUACUGAGUCGUUUCAGUGUGCUACCAUACAGUCCAGUGGCACAGCAAUCUGACAGGCAAGGACCGACGUUCGUUGCGCUGUCGAAGGCCUCCAUGUCCAUGCUUCAGGAGACUACCAUCAAGCAUAUUGCAGACAGACAGAUCUUUACGGACGGUGCUUUUAACUCUGCCUUGACACAGCUAGCGCGUCCGAUUAAACAGAAGUACGCGUGGGGAAAAGAAGGCAAGCCGCCUACGAUUUGGCAAAAAUCAACGACUACUACACUGGCCAUACUACAGGCAGGUCUGCCACAGCUUCAAGCUCACGGACUGACCGGCAAUGUUGUCAACGACAUCUGGGCUGCAGUCAUCGACAUUGCUCACCACAUCACACGGGCUGAGUACCUUGAUCCAGAGAAGACCCCGACAACCCUACAUGAAGACGAAUUAUUCGAUGUUCGAUCCUUCACAGAACUCCGCGGCCUGAUCACCACGCAUCUCAACUCCUCUUCACUGCCUGAUAGCAUCCGCAGGACCUACACGCGCAACCUCUUCUCCAUCUCCCUUGUCCAUGAACCUCUCCAGGGCGAGCUGCCUGACCUCGGUCGACCGCUUGACGAUCUCUACAAGACAAGACUCGGUCAGACCGCCGUUCUCACACCGACACUACGAACUCGGAUGAGUCGCACAUGCAUAUCUGAGCUCUUCAACCUCGUCACCAUUCACAAUGAAACUUCACAUGUCAAGCUCGCGCAGGCAGCAGCACCCUACCUCAUCCUGCGUGCAGCCUUGCCGCUCAAGAUGUACAUAGCCGACCACCCGCUCCGUGGACACAUGCCCGCUCCCGACUCGCAGCGCAAGGAACUCUUGCAAGUACUCAUUCAGCUCGAGCAGUUAGAGAGCGAGCCUCAAGCGAUACCAGAUGCGCCAGGGAUCAAAUCGAAGCAUAGGAAACAUCUGCAUCGCUUGCAUCCACUCAUUGUCAAGGCUACGAAAGCCGCGCGCCAAGAUUCAGAGGUGUUCGAUCACUUGCUGAAGCUGAUGGACAUGGUUGGUGAGGAGUUUGAUGAGGACGAUGAGUGA